UUAUUGCAUGCAGCAACGCUUGUGGGAGCUGCCAGGCUAAUACAGGCAGUUUAUUAUCUGUGUACUUGAAUAUUUAAGAAAUAGCCCUUUUUAAUAUAACAAAAAUGUAUUUGGUUUGCUUCUGCUUAUUAGCUGCCCAGGACAACAUCAGUAUUUAUUUGAGUGGAUAUUGUAUUCUAUUAUAAUAAAAUUUAACAAAUACUUUUUAUUUAAUGAAAGGUCUCAUAAAGAUGGAUAACUUCAUUUCUUCAUCACUUUUUAAAGCAAUUCAUUGAUUUAUUCCUUUUUGAUAAUAAGUUCCCAAUCUCUUGAGAGCCGGAUAGGACUGUUAGGAUAACUAAACAUUCCUUUUCUCUUAUUGUCUCUGUGUAUGAAUGGUAUUUGUGCUGUUUCCUUGUAUGUGUUUGUUGAGUCUGACAAUUUGUAUUUUUCUUUUUGUGAUUUUCAUUAAGUUAAGUCUGGUUCCAAACACUGCAUUGCUGUGAGCAUUGCACUGUAUCGGGGACAAAUCCAUUAUUUGGAUUAUAGCCCACCAAGUUUAACAGUGCCAUUGUGAGGAAUGAACAGAAGAUCGGUUCUAAAUGUAAACAUCUUUGCCUCUUGGUGUCAUAGUAUUGAUGUGCCUCCAGCUCCUAUUCCAACAGUAAAUGCCUCCAGCUGCCCUUACUGCCUAUGAGGAAGCAGUGGCUGUUUAAAUGUCCAAUUAUGUCCUAGUAUUGGUAGUUAUAUGUAUCCAAAAUCUCGGAUGGUAAUAAAUAUACAAAUCAAAUGGUGUCAUGUCUUGCCGGACAUGCAUAAUAUGUUUUGUUUGUUUUUUUCCACAUGAGUAAAUCAAGUCUAGCUUGUGAUCAAAUUAUUAACAACAUGCCAUGAUCUCUUAUCUAUCUGAAGGUGACAGAAUACAUUAUUUCCAAACUUAAAAAUAAAAGAUUAUUCGGUGGGAAGUUAAACCUCAGAAUAUCACUUUACGGCUGGACUCCAAGUUCCACAAUGCACUUCGCGUAACGUUGGUCGAUUCGGCUGCAGGCGGGAGACGCUCAUGUUGCUAAGAUGAUUCUAAUGUUGCAGCGCCGAGUCUCUUAUUGUCGCGGUCUGUAGUUAUCGACAGUUGGACUAAGCCUCAAAAUGGGAAAAGCAACAGCAAGUCAAAGAAACACUCGUGAAGGACCUCGUUUUCCAGCAGUGCUCCCGACCCCAUUUCACAACGUUUCUCCAGGAGACUCCAAUGAAACCCUUCGAGCUCCCUAACCGGCUUUCUCACCCACCUCCCAGGAGAAUGUGGCCACUUCAUAGCCCUGAGCUGUGCCACAGGGACAGACUAGGUCCACCACAACACCCUCUUCCACCACGGCACCUUCAUCCAACAGGACCAAUCCAUUCUCCAGGCUUUGUUCCAACAAGCCCAACUUACAUUGGUUCCUCAGGGAAUAGGUCCUAUCCCCUAGCAGGGGGCAGACUGGGUACUCUGCAGUACCAACACUAUCAACCUCCAGGGUCUCUCUGCUUCUCAAAGUCUGCUCCAGUAUGCCCAACUAACAGUGGUACUACAGCUAGUAGGCCACAGCCCUCACUUCCCAGUAUCUUGGGAAGUAAAAAUGUAAUGCCACAAAGACAAGCAUCAAGCAAGGAUCAAUCCAGUGAUGUGAAGAGUUCCAUACAUACUAUCCAGCUCCACAGGCCCCCGAUGACCCCAUCAUUAUACACCAGAGGUGUUCAAGAAGGUUACCCACUGCCCCUCUUAGACUCCGGGCAUUGGAGCCCUGGGAACAGCCAGUGGUCCUCAUGGGGCUACCAGCCGUCUCCCAGUACCCAGUUUUCUGACGGGAGUAGUGGUUCCAGUUUACCCAUCAUGCACAACCCUGUAGCCUCUUGCCAGGACCAACAACAUAAACGAACACCUUCAAGUGAAAACCUAAUUCCAGUAGUGGAUUUGAAUUGCACAUCUCAGAAGAGGCACAGGGAGUUUGAGGAUCGUGACAGCAGUCCCAAGAAACUCUGUCUUUUGGGUAUGAACUCUGGCAAAGCCCACACCCCAAAACCCACUGUUGGCAACUCACUCAGCACUUCACUGCAGUCUCAUCCGUCAGCAAGGUGUUCUUCAGUCUUGGAACUGACACCCAAAAACAUAAAUAGCCACCUGUGCACAGAACCAGCAUGCGGCCCAUCAACAUGCUCUGAACUGUCAUCCACAUUGAAACCUACCCAGUCGUCCUGUGCAUCACCGUCACUCAAAUCUUGUUUGAAGAAACAACCAUCGAUGGGAGCAAAGCAAGCCUAUAUAAAUUCUUCCCACGAACACAUUUUGAAGUUAAGAUCACCUUCAAAAAAUCCAGGUGAAGAAAGUUUGAGGAAAAGAAGCAAGGUAACUGAUAAAAGGGAGACAUUAGGCGUGUUAUUCCCAGAGGUUCCCCAGAUGGACACAGGCAGCUCACCUCAUGUUCAGUUUAGCUACCACCAUUCUGUUCCUACUCAUCGCAGUACCUCAGGCUUACCAGUGAAGAUCUUGAGCAGAGGUGAUCACAUGGAGGAGAGCAGAAAACCGGACAGUAGCACUCCCAAACCAUCCUCAAAAACAAAUACUGCUUCUGUAAGUUGUCGCAUGGUAGAACGGAAUAAAACUGCCCGUCCACGAAGACCUGUUGCAAUCCCAAACGAUUUAGAUGAGCUUUUUACCCCUGAUCCCAUGACCUAUGUAGUCAGCUCUGGCCAUAAGACUGUAAAGCCCAAUAUGGUUGGGAUCAAAUCCCCCACCUCAGAGAACAGCUGUUCAUUCAUCACUGGGACCAGCUCCAGUACUCCAGUUAAUGAAUCCUCUUGUCCCAAAAGUAGUUCUCAUGCAGUCGACACCAAAGUCUCUUCCUUGUCAUCAGUCACCAUGCCAUUUGUAGCUUUAGAGCGAGUACAACUUGAAAACCUUAAAUCCACCUGUUCAAAAGACUUAGAAAACAGCCCCCUCACUUCUUCAGACAGACAGCUUAAUGAUGAGAGUUUUAAAUCUGAGGACAAACGCACAUCUCUCCUCCCCAACAAUGUGAGAGCCUGUGCUUUAGAGACUGGCCCCACAACUUCUACAUCUCAUUGUUCUCCUUCUCCGCUGCUGGAGAGGCGAGCAAGUGAAGGGCGAGGAAAGCCGGUGAUUGAAGAGGAUCCUAUAGAUGUGGAACUGGACCUAGGCCUGAGCUUUGCGUUAGAUUUGGAUUUAACCCAGAGCUCCCAUAGCAGUGAGGAGGAGCAGCUUCUUUCCUUGCAGGAGAUGAUGGAGUGUGUUACCAAGCCUCCAGCUACACCAGUGAAGGAAGCCUUCUCAGAGCCGAGUAAACCUCGACAUCACAGCUGCCCAUCAAAAACUCAGCCAUUGCCAACCACAAAGUCAGGCAUCUAUAAAAACAACCUUGACCAGAUGCUGAAGGAAAUAAACACCAAUAAAAGAGCUAAAGAGAUUGAGACACAACUUCUCACUGCAUGUAAAGAGGACCUACUGAGAAUAGCGGAAUAUGAAGAGGCUGAGGAGAACCGGGAAGAGGGCAUCUCCAAUGAGCAACAGGAAUUCCUGCAACGCUAUUCUUUGAUGUCCAACGCAAUCCGAGAAGUGCCUCCAGGAGAAGCAGUGUUCAACCUGGAGAAAUUUGGGCGGAUAUUCGACCACGAUACGCUGCAGCUCCGGCGAUGCAUGGUCAAUCCACAGGGGACAGCCCAGAAAACGCUUCUUUGGUCUAGCCCUGCUCAACUGAGAUUGCAUGUAAAUAUUGGAUUGUUCCAGGAAGCUUACGACUGUCGCUCACCCUGUCCAACUCAGGUUACCCGUUUCCUAUUCAAGAUGAUGUCAGUCCAUAGUGAGAGGCUGGUAUCCGAAAAGAUACUACAGACUCUCUGCGACAUCGCCUGCACUGCUGCUUAUCAGAUAGUGAAAAAUGGAAGCCAGCAGUUUAAAGUGUGGGUGCCCAGUUUGGCCGAUGUGUCCCUGGUUCUGAUGAAUAUGGGAGUUGCGUUUGUUACACUUUUCCCUUUUGAGAAUCUGCAGCCUCCAUUCACUGAGGGAGAUUUGCUGGAGGACAUUUAUAUCAAAAGUGAGAGUCCCUCCAGUAAGAAGGAACAGAACGCUUUCCCCGAACACAACUGUAACAACAUCUUGAAGUACCUGUCUUACUGUAUGGGCCUCUGUCCACGAGUGUACAGCGACGAUGAGCUGCUGUUGCUGCUCGCUGUGGUGGGAAAGGUGGGCCUGGACACGCGGCUGCUCCUCCAAUCUGGUGUGGAACUGUACCCUCUACAGUACAAAAUUAUCAACAACAUCAGGGACUGGAGCACCAUGCUGCCAAGAAUCUGUAUGGCCCUUACUGAUCUGACAGAUGACCACCACAACAUGUGCCUGCUAGUUCAACUGCUGCCUGACAACACACGUGGAAAGCAACUGCGACGACAUCUGAGCCUGUCCAUGAUCUCUAAACUGUUAGACGGAAAUUGUACUUACAGACCUACAGAAAAGGAGUUUCAGCUCUCUAAACUGAGGCCCUACCUGCCCCGUAUGCAACCAUCCACGCUUCUCCGAGGCAUGCUAAGCUCCUCCAUCAGGAGUCACAAAGAUAAAGAGGAGGACAUGGCCACCCUAGACCAACAGUCCUACUACCUCUGCUAUAGCCUUCUGACUUUGGCAAAUGAAGCUUCCAACUAUCAGUUCUUCCCAGCUCAUCAAAAGAAACAGCUGCUGUCUCUGUGCUCUGAGCUGGAAACGCACGUUAAGUGUGACAUCAGAGAGAGUGAGAAAUGUCUUUACCGAAGCAAAGUCAAGGACCUGGUGGCCAGGAUCUACACCAAGUGGCAGAUGCUCCUUCAGAGGACCAGGCCUCUCCAUGGCAAGUUGUAUGAUUAUUGGCAGCCUUUGCCUGUUGAUACAUUGACAAGCAGCCAAGAAGAGCAGGAGAUUGACAACAGUGAUGAUGGAGAGGGGCCUGUGAUGGAGGAGGAUGAAGAAGAGGGAACCAAUGAAACUGAAGAGGUUUUAAUGAUUGCUGAGGACGAGGAGAAGGAGGAGGGAGACGAUACAAUGGAUGACACGAACGAGACGGGGCCAGAAGAAAUGCGAUUGAACCAAGAGAUGGAGCCUAAAGUACACAAGCAAAUAGAGGCUGGAAACAUGGAGCGUACUGAGGUGGAGAGUGAAUAUCAGUUUGAGACGAGAGACCUCUCACCACAACCAGGUUGCACUGAUUUAGUGUCAUAGAGAUUUGAUUUAUUAUCAGCUCUUGCCUUAAUGUUAUGCUCAAUUUGCACUAUUUGCUCAUCCCCCUCAAUCCCUAUCCCUCAUUGUCAAUACUAAUACUAAUUGUAUAUUUAUGAAUAAAACCAUUUUAAGAGAGAAGUUCAUUUUUGGUUUGUGUUGCACAAAAAGCUAAAUAUAGUUUUACCAUGUCUUUUUAAAAUAAUCCCUUCAAAUUCUAUGUAAAUUACUUUGCGCUGCGUCUCUGUGACUCCUUUACUUGUGUUAUGUAUACAUUACCUGUGUUUGAUGGGAGGGAUUUUUCUUUUACAUCCUUGUUGUCAUUCUGCUGUGUUCAUUUGUUGAAUUGAAGUCAUUUGUCGCUGUGCAACUCGUAAAAUGUAAAAGCCAUGUACCAUAUGAACAAUUUUCUGCUGCACAAUGUUCAAAAUCUACUUGACUAUUCCACAGGUUUAUUGUAAAUUAUCAGUUUAGAAACCAAGCUUGUUCUGAGGUGUGUCAGACGUUAUUGUUUUGUUACGCCAGUGGUAACUGGAGUAAGCACUGGUCAUAAUGGGAAAGCCACAAGCAUUCACAAUAACCAAGCUCUGUUUUCAAACGUCCCAGUAAGUAGAGACGGUAUGACUGAAACCUAAGGACCUUGAAUGGAUUUCUGCCAUAAAUAAUUUUAAUAUGUACACCUGUGCUUUUCUUACUGUGACAACAACUUCUUAAAUGAACUGUAAAUAUGUGGGUCCAGAUGCACAUAAUCUUGUUUGUUCAAUAAUUGUAAUACUUUUGCUGUUUUGUUGGAUGUGUGCACUUUGUUAAAGACUCAUGUUUGGAAAAUAUUUUUUUAAUAAUUAAUACUUUUUUUAUAGCUGUUGCCAAAUAAAGAAAAUAAACUUUGUUUACAUAA